AUGCCGUAUGCUUCGGGAUUAUCGUAUAAUGAUUUGAGAAAAAAUUUGAUUCCCGAUCUUUCCACCUUGGACGAAAAUCAAAUCAUUGAUUUAAUAUAUUUUCCGUGUUAUGAGCAUUGCAUUAAAGUAAAUGAUGUUUCAAAUGUAAAUGUACUUUUGAAUCCAACUUUAAGGACCAACCAGAUUUCACUCGAGAAUAAACAGGCAGGAAACUGGCAAGUACAAAAACAAUUACUUGCAUUCAUGAUCGAUUGUCAAAGUAUUAAGAUCAAAUUAAUGAAGCAAAAGAAGAAAGAGCAUGAUGUCAUCGCUCGUAAUGCUUACGAUGAUUCAUCAUCACCGUCAGAUACAUCACCGAAAACGUAUUCAUUCAAGGUUGAUAAAAAGGUUUCAAUCGAAACCUGCGAGGCAUUCACCUCGAUGUUUUCAUUUUCCGAGAGGAUUUCAGAAAUGUUACAACCAAGUAGCAUUAAAGUUACAUCAGACCAUUGCAAUUUUAAUUGUCAUGAAUAUCAAAGGGUUGUAUUUGCGAUAAUGGAGUUCGAAAAACAAAUAGAAUCCUUGACUCCUUUAAACAUAGAUGUGAAUUUAAAUUAA